CGCAACUGCGUCAUCACGUACGUCACCGCGCCGGAUGUUGAUAUAAAGUCUGGAGGAAGAGCAGGAAGAAAACAUCAGCGCGAGCUCGAGCUGUUUAACGGAAAUAUACAAAACCUCGAUCGGAAGCGGCUGGUGAGUUUAAGGAGAUCAUGGGCCGCAUCUUCUUGGAUCACAUCGGCGGGACGCGUCUGUUCUCGUGCGCUAACUGUGACACCAUCCUGACCAACCGCUCCGAGCUGAUCUCCACCCGCUUCACCGGCGCCACCGGACGGGCCUUCCUCUUCAACAAGGUGGUGAACCUGCAGUACAGCGAGGUGCAGGACCGCGUGAUGCUGACCGGCAGGCACAUGGUCCGAGACGUCAGCUGCAAGAACUGCAACAGCAAGCUGGGCUGGAUCUACGAGUUCGCCACCGAGGACAGCCAGCGCUACAAAGAGGGCCGCGUGAUCCUGGAGCGAGCGCUGGUGCGUGAGAGCGAGGGCUUCGAGGAGCACGUGCCUUCAGACGCCUCCUGAUCCUCCAGGACUGAUUCAGAUGCACAAUCUCUUCUGUCAUUGGCUAAAACAAACGCGGCACGUAAUCACCAGAACAUCUGCUCCUGAAGGAUGGAGAUUAUUUGACAGAAAUGCAUACGUUUGUGGCUUUUUUCACACGUCUUUCCUCCGUAUGGAGUUAGGUUUGGGCCGCUCCGUCUGCUGUUACUGCUGGUUUGUUUUGUUCAUAACUUUGUGAAUGCUCUGUAUGGAUAUCCAUAUAAACAAAUAUAAAUUUGCUCAAUAAUGAGUUUCUAAAAGUCUCUGACAACAUAGAUGAUUACAGAAUGAAUGCAUCUAGAAGUUUGAGCACACUCUUAUUGUUGAUUCUUCUGGAUGUUUGUGAAAGCCUGACAUGAACAGCAGACGGCCUUCUGGCUCAAACGUAACUCCAUACAAACAUCUAUAAGAUCUCGUGUUAGUAUUAGAGUUGUUGGACUAACAUCACCUUCCCUGGAGACGAGGGUUAAAGAGCCGGAUGAUGAAGGCCACCGAAGUGAUGUAGGUGGAGAAGUUGAGGACCAUUGCAAGCCUUCUUUGUCAUCCUUUAAUAACGGAGCGGUGCUUCUCUACACCCGUGUGACUCCUGAAAGAGUUUAGAUCACACCCGUCUGUGUUACUUCUCGCUGAUUCUCGUCUUCUUUUGUGAUUUCUUCAAGACUUUGUGGAUCGUUCUGGUCUCUAAACUGAGUUCAAGCUCAGCAUGUUGGUCUUCACCGUUCUGUUUCUCUCGGUCCUUGGAUUAAAGCCGCUUCUGUUGAUUAUUGUGUUCUAAAGCUCAGUUGUGUUUAGCAUGAGGUUCAUUGUGUUAUAUUUGAUGUCUGACUUGAAGAAUAAAUCAUUUCCUAAAGUGGAA